UUGGUAAAGCGCAUAUUAGCGAGAAGGAGGAUCCUUGGAAUCUGAUGCGGGAAGGAAACUAAAGCUCUCUCAGAUUGAAAUCGAGAAAUUUAACUCACGGAUCUCUCCUCGAACCGCAAAAUCUGAGGAGCUGAGUUAUUAUUUGGCAUUUAGCACUCACACAAAUCUCUUCUACUUCACAAGAGCUCUGCUAUUUUAACCUCAGCUUUCCUGCCCUUUCAUGUGAGUUUGCAUUCGGUUAAUGUAAGCCGACGUGUUGUUGGGAACUAUUUGGGUUUGGUUGAGUUAAGUUUCCCCCAACCAUGUUUGUUCAAAGACCCGUUUUUCUAGGGUCUCUCGUGUUGGGAUUCUUCCUCUUCUUCGUAAACGGGCAAAAAUGCUCAAAGUCGAGCUCUUUGAUUGGGUACGAGUCCGAGUUCAGGAUGUUGCAACACCAGCUUCGUGGGGUUUUCACCGUUCUUGAUGAUUGUUCCUUUAGAGUUUCACGUUUCGAUAUGCUCUCUGGUUCUGAUGUUCAUUGGUGGGGUGCAAUGACUUCUGAUUUCGACAACAUGACUCAUAGUGGCUUCCUCAUCUCUGAUCAUAAGCUUAAUCAAACAUUCAGUAACCAAUCAUUCGUCGUCCGUUUGUUUGAUAAUGUUACAUGGGAUAAAAUAGGAGUUGUUUCGGUUUGGGAUUUACCUACUGCUUCUGACUUUGGCCAUGUUCUGCUCUCCAAUGCUACACAGCAAGAUUCGUCUUCUUCAAAAUCUGAAUCACCUCCUUCAGAGAGUAAAGAGGCUGCUACAGGGAAAUCGAAUAACAGUGAGCCCCUCAAGGCUCCUACCAUGUUUGAUAAUUGCAAGAAGCUUUCUGAUAAGUACAGGCUCAGGUGGACCCUGAAUGUAGAUGAAGGUUAUGUAGAUAUUGGUCUAGAGGCUACAACUGGUUUACUGAACUACAUGGCCUUUGGUUGGGCUAAACCAAACUCUACCGAAAACCUUAUGUUGUAUGCUGAUGUUGUGAUUACCGGAAUUAGAGAGGAUGGCUUCCCUUUUGCUGAUGAUUUCUACAUUACAAAGUCGAGUGUAUGCUCUGUCAGGGAUGGUUUUGCUGCUGGGGUUUGUCCUGACACGGUCUAUGAAGGAGCAGAGGCAAUUGGUUCUUCAGUGAAUAACACAAAACUUGUUUACGGGCAUAGGAUAGACGGAGUUUCGUUUGUUAGGUAUAGGAGGCCGUUGAAUGAUAGUGAUAAUAAGUUUGAUUUUCCUGUCAAUGCAACUGAGAAUCUUACAGUUAUUUGGGCACUUGGGGUGAUAAAACCACCAGAUGUUAUCAAUCCUUACUAUCUACCAGAGAAUCACGGAGGUGUGGAAUCGGAAAAUUUCGGGCAUUUUUCGCUUAGUCUCUCGGAUCAUGUGGAUGAAUGUUUGGGACCAUUGGAUGCAGACAACAAGUACGACCAAGGUGUGAUAAUUGCUGAUGCCCACGCACCUCUUGUUGUCACGGCUGGACCAUCCGUGCAUUAUCCGAACCCUCCAAACCCUUCCAAGGUUCUGUAUAUCAACAAGAAAGAAGCACCGGUGUUGAGAGUAGAAAGAGGCGUUCCUGUGAAGUUUUCAAUAGAAGCAGGACACGACGUCUCGUUCUACAUAACUUCAGACUUUCUUGGUGGGAACGCUUCUCUUCGGAACAGAACUGAGACGAUCUAUGCAGGUGGGCAAGAAACUCAUGGAGUAGUGUCGAGUCCGUUAGAGCUCGUUUGGGCUCCUAAUAGAAACACACCCGACCAGCUCUAUUAUCACUCGAUAUUUCAAGAGAAAAUGGGUUGGAAGGUUCAGGUUGUCGACGGUGGACUCUCGGAUAUGUACAACAACAGUGUUAAUCUUGAUGAUCAGCAAGUCAAAUUCUUUUGGACCAUAGUAGGGGAUUCAAUAUCGAUAGCAGCUCGUGGCGAGAAGAAAAGUGGGUAUCUUGCAAUUGGUUUCGGUAGCGAGAUGACAAACAGUUAUGCUUAUGUUGGUUGGUUUGAUAGAAACGGAACAGGGCAUGUAAACACGUACUGGAUUGAUGGAGAAUCAGCUUCCUCUAUUCAACCCACAAUUGAAAACAUGACAUAUGUGAGAUGCAAAUCCGAAGAAGGGAUCAUCACGCUGGAGUUUACCCGUCCCUUGAAACCUUCCUGCAGUCAUCGAGACAGACCCGAGUGUAAGAACAUGAUCGAUCCCACAACUCCUCUUAAAGUGAUAUGGGCAAUGGGUGCUAAAUGGACAGAUGGUCAGUUAACAGAGAGAAACAUGCACUCGGUUACAAGUCAGAGACCUGUCCGUGUAAUGUUAACGCGUGGAUCAGCAGAAGCGGAACAAGAUCUCAGACCGGUCUUGGGCGUUCAUGGAUUCAUGAUGUUCCUCGCUUGGGGAAUCUUACUUCCCGGUGGGAUAUUAUCAGCUAGAUACUUGAAACACAUCAAAGGUGAUGGCUGGUUCAAGAUUCAUAUGUAUCUUCAAUGUUCAGGACUAGCCAUUGUCUUCCUCGGCCUCCUCUUCGCAGUAGCGGAACUCAACGGUUUCAGCUUCAGUUCAUCCCACGUCAAGUUCGGUUUCACGGCCAUAGUUCUGGCUUGCGCUCAACCCCUGAACGCUUGGCUAAGGCCAGCGAAGCCUGCUCAAGGAGAACUCAUGUCUUCGAAACGAUUAAUGUGGGAGUAUUCUCACUCAAUCGUUGGUCAAUCAGCUGUUGUAAUAGGAGUUGUUGCGCUCUUCACGGGAAUGAAGCAUUUAGGAGAACGGAACGGAGCAGAGAACGUAGACGGGCUUAACUGGGCACUCGGGUUAUGGGUGUUCCUGGGAGUGGUGACUGUUGUGUAUUUGGAGUACAGGGAACGAGGAAGAAGAAGAGCGAGGAACCUGAGCAGAGGGAACUGGGUUUUGGGGAAUGUUGAAGAAGAUGAUUCGACUGAUCUCAUAGAUUCAAGAGGAGGUUUCAGAGAUAAAGAUGAUGAAGAAGGUAGACAUGGAGGGAGGAGCGAGAUUCAGUUAGAGCCGUUGAAAUAAUAGUUAACUUUUUAUUCAGAUCAUUUUUCUUUAUUUUUUUUUCUCUUACCGAACAAAAAGAAAGAAACAAGAGGAGUUUUGUCUUUUACGGUUUUAAUACUUUAUAUAUAUAUGCAACGGUCUGUAUCUAUGCAUUAGAAUUUGUAUACCUUUUGAGUACAUUUUUAUACUACACAAAUCAAUUGUGG